GGAACCGUGCCCUCAUCAAUUUGAAUGGCAUCACCAACCUGGCUAAAAAAAAGGAUGUGGUUAAACUCCAGUUCAUUGGUUAUGUACAAGGGUGCGAAGCUACACUGCAGUCAAAAAAAGAAUUAGAGGAAGUUAUCCGAGAGGGAAUAGGAAGUCUCCAGAUGUCUUGGAUACUACAGGAGAUGAUAUAAAAUGCAGCAUACCUCCUGUACAGAGGAUCGCAUCCAUCAUGCCCUGGAGAGAUGUUUGCAUGGAUUGGACAGAAGUACCUCUUCUAAUUGGAAGGCUGGGCUCUGUGUGAACCGUUGGAGCCUGGAAGAACUCGUAAGCAGAGAUCCCCAGAGCUUCUUAAUCCUGAUUGAAAAGAUAUUGCUCAAAACUAAGGAGGUGCAAGAGAUGUGUCAAUAUGACUUAUUGGUGCCACUGGCUUUAAUGUUUUAUUCUUCUGCAUUGAGAACACCAUUUUUUCCUCCAGAAUCUAACCUGCUGAACAAUGCAUAUAGCAUCUACCACAGUCUCCUGACUUGGCCUGUACCUUACUGUAACGUUUGCAAGGACCUUCUAACAUUUAUCAAUGAUGAAAUGAAGGCACCAGGAAUCUCAUUCCAGAGGUUGGUGAGAGCUGAACAAGGAUUAACAACCAAAAAUCUUCAAAAUAAAACAAUAACAGUCCUUCUGCUUAAUUCCUCUGAAGUACCCAGUGACUUUCUAUCAGUCACCCAGAAGAUCAGCAGCAAGCGUCAGUCCCCGGGAGAUUCUCAUAUCACCCUGAUUAAGCACAUGUACCAGGCAGUUUUUGGUGCUAAGUACAACUUGAAUGAUAUUCAAAGUGCCCUUGAGUCUAAAACUGCAAAUGAACUCUUGGAAAUUUUCUCAAACUGUUCUGAUGCUAUGGAAAUCACAGCUGCUAUGAAGGAUGUUACCAAAGCCAGAGAAUAUUUAAUGACCAAAUUAGAGGAGAUUAAAGAAAGGUUUGGGCUCCUCCCAAAAACAGCCCAGAAUGGGAUGGCUAAGCUGCAAACAAUUCCACUGCCAGUUGCAAAUUGCUACAGCUAUCACUGGGACCAGGAUAACUUUGAUAUUUUACAGGAAGUUCUCCUGAAAGAGUGUGAGUUUCCUGAUACUGUCUUGCUUCCCAUGCACAACAAGAAUAAGGAAGGGGAGGAGGAAGAUAAAGACGUUGAGGAAGAGGAGGAUGUAAUUGAAAAUGAGCGAGAUUCUGUGCUCUCUACGAUAUCCCUAACAUCCAAGGACUACAUGAAAUCAUUUGUCUCAAAUCUCUCAGAUUAUAUGGACAGUGGUUAUGCAGAAGAUGGAGAUGAAAGUUCACCUGAAACAACAGGGAUGUCAGAGCAGAAAGAAGAAAAGCAAAAUACUGUGGGAAAGAAAUUGACAAAAAAAUUAACAAACUUCUUCAGAACCAGAAAUACCCUGACACAUAAAGCGGACCCGAAAUACAGUCUAAACAAUUCUUACUCAAAUCUGUGUAAAGGGAUGUCUAUGUCAGGCUCCCUACCUCUUCGUCGAGCAGAAAGUUUGGGCUGCACUGAAGUGAAAUCCAAGCCUCCAAUGAAGUCCAGGCGCUCAAACUCGUUACCGCAGCAUGCAAGCUACAAUUGCCAGUUUGAACGAUGUUUACAACAGAACACAUGCUUCAAACGUCGGCCGUAUCUCAGCUUUGAGGAUGAUUGUAAAACCAUGACACUGCGAGUUGUUGUAUUUGGUACUGACAGGAUUCUAGGAAAAGUUGCAAGAGCCUACAGCAAUCUUAGAUUCCAAGAAAGCAAAACUCCCUUUCUAACAAAAUACUUCAGGAUGCAAUUUUUUUAUAUUCCUCUGCAAAGAAAUUCAAUCAGCAGCCCUGUGCAGAACACAAAUUCACCCUCAGACAAUCAACACAGAACAUCCAUGCAAGUGGAUUUCAGCUCACUUGAGCCUGCAGAAAAAGAUAGUACCAAUAAUAUUGCCCAAUUCAUUGGCAUGUUGGAUUCUUGGUAUGAGCGAAAUAUUCUAGAUUUACUGACCUUACCAACAACUCUUCUUUGCCAGGAACCUUCCAAGCCAGAGAAUUAUACAGCUGAAAGGUUACCAGAGAAGCUUCCCAUCAUGGGUGACCUGAUCCUGUACUAUUGUCGAAAUGCUACUCGCCCAGUGUUAAUCCAGCUUUACCAAGCAGAGUUAACUCUGGCUGGGGGAGAGAAGAAAUCUGAGGUCUUUGUUUAUUCUCUCGAGCUUGGACAAUCAGCUGCGACAAGAGCGAUUAAAGCUUCAGGUCCUGGAUGUAAAAGACUUGGAAUUGAUGAUGACAGAGAAGCAGUCCCAUUAGCACUGCAGAUUGCCUACUGCAAGGCAACAGUCAGCAGAAGAAGCCAAUGGAACAACGUGGAAAAAAACUGCACAUCUGUAAACCUAAGCAAGGCUUGUAAGAAAUAUGAUGAGCUAGAAUUCAAUACAGAAUAUCUCCAUCUUUCCAUGACUGAGGUGGUAAAGCGACAGAACUCCAAAUCCAAAAAAAGUUACAAUCAGCAAAUAAAUAUAACACAAAUCAAGAUUGACAAAGUACAGAUAAUUGGAGUCAAUAAUACCACAUUUGCAGUUUGUCUGGACCAGGAUGAGAAAAAAGUUAUUCAAAGUGUAACCAGAUGUGAGGUGUCCGUAUGUUAUAAACCCGAAGACAGGAUGCCUGAGAAACUGAGCAAACACACUUCAUUCCAGAAGUGGCCGCAUCCAUCAAAGUCCUACUCACUUCUCUGUCUUCCAAUCGUAACCUUCAGUGGAGCUUUACCAUAAGGAUGGCAGAUGAUGACUCAUUAUCCCUACGGACCGAAAAUAUGGCCAAAACAAUGGACCUGAUUUUAUAUUUUGGUCUGGCACUGUUACAACUAUUUAUUGCAAUCAGUAUAUAUAUAUUUUUUAUUGGGCCUUAAAAAAGGUAUCAAGUGAAAUAGAAAGGCACUGCCAAUUGAAGUUGAGCUCCAGCUGGUAGAAAUGGCACCACAUAGGCUGUUUAAUAGCCAUUGCUAACGAGGCUGCUUGGGAAGGGAGAGGGAAAAUGGUUCCUUGAUAAGUGGUGGCUAUUUGUUCCAGAAACUGUUUCAGAAAAUGAAACUUUAAGUGUCAUGGCAAAAGCUAGCUCAUACCUCAACUUAAAUGCAAAAUGACCCAUCCCCUUUUCAUAUUGACACACUGAAGCAGAUGGUGCAUCCAGAGGUCAUUAGGUUAAUUGAGUAGUUUAGCUAAUUUAGAAUUAGAUGAGGAUAAGAAUUUGGUGCAGAGGAAAAAAGGUGCUUCUUUUCAUCUUUAACACUUAUAAGCAAUUAGUGUGUAAAACAAAAUUAUAUCGAAAAAGCUUAAAGGUAAAUACUUAAAAAUUUUAAAUAUGUAAGGAUGAAAGGUUAGGGUAUCUAAGCUACAUUUCACAAUACACAAGAUUUUCCAUUAGCAUCACUGAAAUGAGGUAAAUUUCUGGACAUGGUGAUACUGCAGGACAGUAGCUAGUGAUUGGUUAUUGAGUAAAACAGAUUUAUCAGUCCUUUUGUGAGUAAACAUUAAGAAAUUUAUUUUUCAUAGGUAUUGAUAUCAAAACUGCACAUGGUACUCCAGGUGUUGCCUCACUAAAGUCCUCUUCAAUUGUAGCAACUUUUUCUCACUUUUGUACUCUAAUCCUCUUGCAAUAAAUGCCCACACACCAUUUCCCCUCCUGAGUUGCUUGCCUCUCUUCCUAAGAUCUUUUACCUCAGCACCACUUUCUUGCACUAACUACAUAUCCAUGAAUAGGAGUGAUCUACUGACCACCAAAUAUUGGAAAAUAGGUGGAGCAAGAAAAAUACAAAUAAAUUGAGGACAUGUAUUAAAAACACAGAAUAGUAAAAAUAAUUUGAAUUAUCCUGAAAUUAAUCGUCCAGAUCAAAUGGUUACAGGGAUAAAGGAAAUUACUUCCUACGAUGUGUAGAGGACUCCUUUUGAACUCAAUAUUUUAAUCACCAAAAAAGGGAGAUUUUAUUAUAGGAUUGAGUGAAGGGGAACUUCUCAGUAAUAAUCACCAUAAUAUAAUAGAUUUUUAGAUAAUAAUUCAAAGGAUGUAAGUACAAUGAAGACUCAAUGGUUGAUAGGCUGACCAUGAGGAUCUAUUAUAUUAAAUUAUAAAGGGACAUAAAAUGAUAAAAAAAUUCUGCAGCACAAAAAUUUUAAAAGAGUUAGGAUGGGUAUAAAAUCAAAUUGAUUAGAAGGACAAAUAUUACAGGUAAAGAUAGUGAAAUGGCAGAAAUAUUAAAAAGUAACUUGGGUUCAGUAUUGGCCCAAGAGACAGAUCACAUUGUCAUGACGUUGGAAGGCAAGAUUAGAAUUAAUAUAAUUACAUUUAAUAUAGAAAGAACAAUAAUAUGAAAUGAAAUAAUCAAAGUCAAAGAGAAAAAUCCUUUGAUCCAGACAGAGUGCAUCUCCAAGCAAUCUUUUUAAAACAAUCCAGCGAAUAGUUAGCAGAGACAUCAAGGUAAUACUUGAUUAAAAAGUGAUGUAUGCCAGAAGACUGGCAGAUAGCUAACCCAAUAUGCAUAUUUAAGAGGGGAGAUGGAGCAUGUCCAGGCAACUAUUAGUGUCACGCUAUUACAGCGCCAGUGACCUGGGUUCAAUUCCGGCCGCUGCCUGUGAGGUAGUUUGUACAUUCUCCCUGUGUGUCUGUGUGGGUUUCCUCUGGGUGCUCUGGUUUCCUCCCACAUUCCAAAGACGUACAGGUUAGGAGCUGUGGGCAUGCUAUGUUGGUGCCGGAAGCGUGGCGACACUUGCGGGCUGCCCCAGCACGCUCUCAAUAACGCAAAAAGACACAUUUCACUGUGUGUUUCGAUGUACAUGUGACUAAUAAAUAAGUAUCUUACAUGUUGUAGACCAGCAGAGGAAACAUAAUAGAAUUCCCACUAAAAGAGAAAAUUGAAAGAUAGUUAGAAAUAAAUAUUUCAAUAAUGAAGAGAGAGCAUGGAUUUCAUGAGGAAAGUCUAGUCUUAUCAAUCUCAAUGAAUUCUUCAAACAGCUGAGAGAUGGAGUACUUAAAGGUAGUGUAGUUAAUCUAACAUAUGAAGGUUUCCCAAAUGGCUUCAAGCUACCUUAUAAUAGAUUGAUGUAUAAGGUCAAAGCAUCUAUAUUAGAUUUUGGAAUUAAAGAUUUGUUAUAAAAUUUAUGGAUGACACCAUGUGUCAAUAAUAGCAGUGGUGGUGGAUUAGUGGAGGGUAGUGUGGUUUGGGGUAGUAGCUGUUACAGAAGAGAUAAUGAUAAAUUAAAAGAGGGUAUUCAUAGAUUUGCAGAAUGGGAAUAUUAAUCAGUAAAUUAAGCGAAACACAGAUACUAAUAUGAAUAAGGAGGUUACAACUCAUUUGGAAAAUUAGUACUUGUAUAGGUGGUGAACCAUUGGGACCUGGGAGUAUAAAUACAAAAUUCACUAAAUAAAGCAAUGCUGUUAUUAGAAUCAUUAAAAGUACCAAACCAGGCACUACGUUUUUUGUUUCUCAAUGGAUAUCACUGAAAGAUAGAGAAGUCAUGCUCAGCUUAUAUUAAACCUUGGUGAGGCUUCACCUGGAGUAUUGUACACAGUUCGGGUCUCUACAUCAUGGAAUGAAUAUAGAGACACUGAGAAGGAUAAAUAAAUGAUAACCAAAAAUGUAAAGUUAUAUCGUGAUAGGUCGAGCAUUCUGGGUCUCUCUUCAAUUGAAAAGAGAAACCCAAAGUGGGACUCAUUGGAAGUCUUUAAAAUUAUGUCAGAUUUUGUCAGAGUAGAUGCAGAGAGUGUUUCCACUUUAUGCGGAAUCAGAUAGGAAACACACUGGAAGCAUCUUCAGGCAAAGAAUGCUAAGCAUGUGGAAUUCAUUUCCACACAGUGUAAUUGAAGUAAACUAUACAGAUUUAAGGGGAGGCUAAUAAGUAAAUGAAAAAGAGAGUUAGAAGAGGGAGGUUAUUGGGGGCAUGAAUCAAGCAUAUUGGCAUACACUGCUUCUGCACUCUACAUUCAGGGCAAUAUUACAUGGUGCAGAUUCUAGCCUGGAAUUCCUCACAUUGGCACUGUGCAGGAAGUAGACACCUUAAGCAGAGGAAUGAUAAAAAUGUGGUUGUGCUAUUCUGUAAAACUCUUAUGAAACACAUUGCAUAUGAUUGCUUUGGUGAUUUUGGGCAAUGCCUAGAAUAGUUGUCUGUCCUUUUGACUAGAGAAUGAAAUGUGAAACUAUGAUUGUGAGAACAAGAGCUAAGUAAAAAUGAUAAUGAACACAAAUUAUUACCUCAGUAAAGGACACCUUUCUAGUAUAAUACAAAUAAUGCAUGAUAAACACGAUAUUAUUGUGUUUAUCAUGCACGGUAGCAUAGCGAUUAGCAUGAAGCUAUUACAGCACCAGCAAUCGGGGUUCAAUUCCCAUUGCUGUCUGUAAAGAAUUUGUGUAUUCUCCUCGUAUCUGCGUGGGUUUCCUCCAGGUGCUCCAGUUUCCUCCCACAUUCCAAAGACGUACGGGCAGGUUAACAUGGGUUUAAAUGGGUGGCGUGGACUCAUUGGGCUGGAAGGACCUGUUACUGUGCUGUAUAAAUAAAGAAUUUUUUUAAUUGCCCAAUAUUCUCAUUCAACGUAAAUAUAUAUCCACUUGAUAUAUUGUAUUAAAUUUUACAGCUUCCUAAAUACAUGGACUUAAUUUGAGGUAUCCAGGCACCCAGUACAGAAUCCCUUUGUACUGAUUGAGUCACAAAGUAUAAACAAAGAAUGCUGCAGGUAAUUUUCACUGUACAAUCAAACUCCCAUGAAAGGCAUCUUUUUUGAAUGAGGGUAGGUCUUGACUUUGUACAAUAACAAAUUUGGUGAAACAGCAACAUACUUAAUGUCUCUCCCAUUUUCAUUUAUAUCCAAGUGAAUUAGUCCAAUAAACCAAUUAGGCUUCAGUUCAAUUACUGUGCUUUAAAUGAACUCAGGAUAAUUAAUACUAGUUCUUGUGUUAAAGAUUUUAAAUGGCCCACUGAGUUGCUGAGGUGGAUUAAAAUGUUUGGGGAACUAAUGAGGCAUAUACCAGGAUUCAACUGUGCUGGCGAGUAAAACUAACCAGUAUUCUUUCAUAAGACUACUUCUUGCCUUUAUAGAAUUAUUUGUAUUACUUUUGUACAAACAUGUCACUGAUGAUGAGUCAAGUUACUUCAAUUUCCUUUACUAUUUAUAAAUGCAAACAGAAGUUACAGCAUUGAAAUAAUUUACUGUCUGUGUUAAAAGUGGUACUGCACUGAGGAAUUGUGCCAAUUUUGUGUACUUCCCAGCACCAUUAUUCUGUCAUGUAAGAGAAAAUCAGUUCAAGAGAAAACUAUGGAGCACUGAGAGGGGCUGAUGCAGUGAGAGGGAUAGGGAGAAUCAGCCUGAAGUUGAUAGAAAUGGAAUUGAGAGCAACAGAGUAUGGGCAUCAAGGGAAGAGGCAAAGAAAGAAGGGAUAGCAGGUGAUAGGGGAUGUUGGAUAAGUG